AAGGAAAUUUCUUUUGAAAUCUAAUAGGAAUUGUUAAGUGCCUGUCACUCUGAUGUUAACAGGUUGCUUCAACGAACACUUCUGUUUGAAGACAUAGGGCAGUGAUCCACUGCUACUAACACCAUUUUGUGGACUACAUUUGCUGUAUAAAACCCUGAUGAAUAAAUGUAAUGCAGAUGGAAAGAGAAUUUACAUGAUUCUUUGGAGUGUGACUGCAUCAUCUCCUACAGAAGUAGGCAUGAGGCUCAACACAGAGCCCUUCUAUAACCUAGUGAACCUGGUGUCCAGUUUUGGCAUGUGCCUUCAGCCACUUUCUUAGAUACAUAAUAGCUAUGAAAACCUUAAACACUUUGACCUACUUCUGAGGAAAGGUUAAGAGAGGACCUGAUUGUAGAUAGGUGCCCAGACUCAAAUUUUACCGGACUUUGCCCUACCUUUACACUAACUCCCAGGCAGGGGUGAAAGCUAAAGCGAGAUGAAAUGCAAUACUUUUUAAAAAUGAGUGUACAAUGAGUGUACUGCUGUGAGUUUACAGAAUAUUCUGAAGCUGGAAGGGACCCAAAAGGGUCAUUGAGUCCAGCUCAAGUUGUCUUAGUUGUCAGUACCUGCCAAAUGCGUGAGUUUACAUAUUGCAAAUAAAACUGUCGUCAUUCUAAGCUAUUGUUCUAUGUGACUAUACUGAGCCUAAGUAACACAGGUUCCCUCUGCAUGUGCUGAGGUACCAUGGAAGGUAACGAACGGGGCUUCUGACUGAGCAUUAUUUCUUUUUCUUCAUCUGUGCUAAUUCUUUAAGGCAUUAUUGUGUGUUAAGUUUCAUUAUGACUGCUGAUUAACUUCAGAGAUAAUUUUUUUUUUUUCUUUAGAGCACACAGUGGAUGUGUCCAAAGUUAAUAUGUGCUUUAAAGUACCUGCUUGCUUGAGUUAAAUGCUAUGUGCCUGACCCCAAAAGAGAAGAGGCUAGUGUGAUGUUUCAGCUUGAAGGAAGCUGUUAAAAAACUGAGGGGUUUUCACUAGCCUUUUCAAACUGUAGUGAUCUUCCCAGACUCUUUCAGAAAUGUUCCAGCCAAAAAUGCUAUUGUCUUGAAAGUGCUGCUGCUCUGCCAGCACUGAUGAAUAGUUGAGUAUUGGUAUGGUGCCAUACCCUGCUGAACAUUAUUUUGGUUAAUUUACUAGAAUUUUAUUAUGGAGCUGCUAACUUGAUACUAUAUACAAAUAAAAUAAAACCUUCUUGUGUAUGGGAAUAUAAUCUAUGGAUUACUUUUAAUUUUUGGAUAGUGAUAUUCAGGUCUUUUGUGAAUAAAUAAGACAAUUUUUCUUCUGACUCUUACUCACCAAUUAAAUAUGGUGAGUGGUGACUGCUUCUCUGAUGUGCGUAAUGCCUGGGUUUUCCCGCAGGUCUUGCUUUCCCAAAUUGAUACAAGGAAGUUGGGAUGCUCUGGUACUAACCCUGCCAAAAUUACUGCAGCCUCAGUGCUGUUCCUGUUACAGUCCUGCCUACUCCUGAGUGGGCUGUCCAUUAGUAGCCUGGUCAGUUCCCUCUAGCUGGAGAUUUAAGGUUGUGGCUGAAAUCAGAAGACGAGUUCCAUUCUGUCCACUGGUGCUGUAUUUCAAAUUUCUUGUCAUUUAACCCCAGCCUUCUACAGAUGUUUUCAAGGUCACAGGAAGCAUGUGUCUGCAAAGGAAGAAACUAAGGUGAAAAAGUAGUCACAAGAGUGUGCUGUAGCUUAUUCUCUUUGUUUUUUAAGAGCAGAUGGGUAUAGAAUCUUGUUGUCCGCUGCCUUUUAGGCACGCUGUAUUUGACCUGUUUGCUUGAAGGCAACACUAUGUUUCCUUGAUCCCUAUUGCAGGUUUUUACUGCUUUUCUGCUACACUGAUGAACAGACUUACAGACCUUUAAUGCCAUCAUCCUCUCCACUCACUGACAGGAAGUGCUGUUUACUCCUAGCAUCUUAAGCCAAAAAAGCUUCUUUGUUUCCCAAAAGAAAGAUGAAAAAACUCUGAGAACAAGGAUGUAGAGUUACUUACAGAUAUCUAUAUGCAUACGGAGAUAAUGGGGUGUUCUAACAGUUGUGAUGGGCAGGAUCACAGUGGAUUCCUAUCUCCUUGGUGUCCUUCCGAUUCUCACACUUUCUCUGUUACAUGUUUUCAAUGCGUGGCCAUGUCCCAGGGACUAUGAAUUCAUCCACAGAUGCCAUGAUGAACAUAAUUUUUUUUGGUGCAUCUUCUUUCUUCUCAGGUGCCUAUCCUUAAUUAAUUCCUUCUGUCUGGAUCAGUGCUAGUGGUGACAAUUUAUAUUUUAAUAUUUUCUCCAGGAGUAAGUUAUCGAUUUUGCUGGGUAAGAGCCCUUAGGGAAGUAUGGAACAAAGAGGAACACCACUGUAUGUGACAAACUUUCUGUAAAUCCUAGACUGGAAUGCCAAAUUACUGCUUCUGGGGACUGGUCUUUUGGUUUGUACACAAUCCCUGACCGAGGUCCAUUUGUGUCACUUCAAGUCAACAAAAACAAUUCCUCCAUUUAGCAGAGAAAGUUAAUCAGGAACGGCUGAUGGUGCACCUAUGCAUAUCUAAUAAGCCUCACAAAUUAAAAGCUUCCUAUGCAUAUCUAAUAAGCCUUACAAAUUAAAUGUUUCCUGUGUUGGGUUUCUAAGAAGCUUGCUGCCCUGUCAGACACAAGAGAAGGUGACAGGUUGUAAUGGUGCAUUCCCUCCCUAGGGAUUCUUUAAGCUACCUUAAAACUCCUAUUUGUAACACAAACAUGCAUCCAACUGCUGGAAGUCUUGUCUUCUGCAUGUGACUGGGAUAGUGGUUCUCUGUACAACAGUCAGGGAUGCUUAGAAAAGCAAAGUUAAUCUUGCCAAGUAACUACCCCACAGCUGGGAUAGGUUAUGUGUUGUGCUGUUUGAUUUUUGACUUAUAUCAGCUCACAACUGUGAAUUGUUUUGUAGCUUUUUUUGCCGAAUAAAAGAAUUGUCCUGCCAAAGCCAUCUCUGAAGGUGUUACUGCAGUCAUCACUUCUGGUAGCCAUCUUGCAGUCCUUAUUUCUCACCUUAGAUAUAAGAGCCUAUAAAAUGUAUUUUUUCUUACUUUUACAUCUCAGCCAAAAAAACUCAAAUGAAGUCCCAUUUACCCAUUUUAAUGGUAAGUUAGAGAACAUGCUUAGCAAGUCUGACAACUUGAUUUUGAAUGUUCUGUGAGAGUUUUUUGCCAAUUUUCUAAGUCAAACAUAAUGUCCAGUCCGGAAGCUGGCUUUCCUGUGUCUGCUGAAAAGAAGUUCCAUUUGUGACAGUUGCGAAUGUUAGUUUUAAGUGAGGGUCAGCUGACAGAGUUCCAGUGCUUCCUUUUAGGAUUUUUAUCUUAUUUUUACCUGUCUAUUUUCUUUUUAGAAUACCUGAAUUUUCAUAAUUUGAUUUAAAUUGUUCAUAUGUCCCAUUACAGCAUGUAACAUAAUAGAAAAAAAAAUCCACUAGUAUAUUGUGAUACAUUGGAUAUGCUUCCUGCAUCUGAAGUCAAUGGAUGUUGAGAUCUGUUUGUUCAAUUGGAAAAGCAGAUUACUCUUUACGUCUGUAGAAAUGGACAGCAGCAGUUUCAUUCAGUUUGAUGUGCCAGAGUACAGCAACACUGUUCUGAGCCAGUUAAACGAACUCCGCUUGCAAGGGAAGCUCUGUGACAUUAUCGUGCACAUCCAGGGUCAGCCGUUCCGUGCCCAUAAAGCUGUCUUAGCGGCCAGUUCUCCAUAUUUCCGUGACCAUUCAGCAUUAAGCACCAUGAGUGGCCUGUCUAUAUCAGUUAUUAAAAACCCCAAUGUUUUUGAACAGUUGCUUUCUUUUUGUUACACUGGAAGGAUGUCCUUGCAACUGAAGGAUGUUGUCAGUUUUCUGACUGCAGCUAGCUUUCUACAGAUGCAGUGCGUCAUUGACAAGUGCACACAGAUACUGGAGAGUAUCCAUUCAAAGAUUAGUGUUGGUGAUGUUGAUUCUGUCACUGUUGGUGCCGAAGAAAAUUCAGAGAAUCGCAAUGGCGUUAAAGACAGCAGCUACUUUGCCAACCCUAUUGAGAUAUCUCCUCCCUAUUGCUCUCAGGUGCGACAGUCAACAGCAGGCAGUGAUCUUCGGAUGGAAUCUACUCCAGGCAAAACUCUACGUAGUCGUCUGCAAGAAGAAGGGCACUCAGACCGAGGGAGCAGUGGGAGCAUCUCUGAAUAUGAGAUUCAGAUUGAAGGUGAUCAUGAGCAAGGAGACCUGAUAGUAAGGGAAAGUCAGAUUGCAGAGGUGAAAGUUAAAAUGGAAAAAUCUGACAGGCCAAGCUGCUCUGAUAGCUCUUCCCUUGGUGAUGAUGGAUAUCACACUGAAAUGGUGGAUGGAGAGCAGGUGGUAGCAGUAAAUGUUGGUUCCUAUGGGUCUGUCUUACAACAUGUUUAUUCAUUUACCCAUGCCUCAUCACAGGCUACAGGUGUGUCAGAAACCUUUGGAAGCCUGAGCAAUACAAGUCCUUCAAGGUCAAUGCUGAGCUGUUUCAGGGGGGGUCGUGCACGCCAAAAGCGCGUACCUACAGGUCACUUGCAUAGUGAUGUCCAGGGCUUGGUGCAAGGGGCUGACAGUGAAUCCAUGGUGAGUAAUCCAGGAUAUGAAAAUAGUCCACGGGAAAGAAAUGCAAGAGGUCAUUGGUAUCCAUACAAUGAGAGGCUAAUUUGUAUUUACUGUGGCAAAUCUUUCAACCAGAAGGGGAGCCUUGAUCGACACAUGCGAUUGCACAUGGGAAUAACUCCUUUUGUGUGCAAGUUUUGUGGGAAGAAAUAUACCCGUAAGGACCAACUUGAGUAUCAUAUUCGUGGUCACACAGAUGACAAACCCUUUCGCUGUGAGAUCUGUGGAAAAUGUUUUCCUUUCCAGGGUACACUAAACCAGCACUUGCGAAAAAAUCACCCAGGGGUUACAGAAGUGCGAAACAGGGUUGAGUCUCCAGACAGAACAGAAACAUUUGUGGAACAGAAAGUAGAUAAUGAUGCUUCAGCUUCUGAAGCCAUGGAUUCUAGUAUGGAAAUUCAUGCAAUGUCUAACACAUCAGAUUAAAAUUUUACAUCUAAGUGAAACACAGAAAAGCACAUUACUAAUGUAUUUUUUAAGUAUUUUAUUCUUUCAGUAAUCUUCAAUUACUGUGUACAAGUGUAAUAACCUUUUAAUUUUCCUGACCUUCUGGAAAUCAGUUAGAAAUGGUUUCUGGAGAAGACUUCAGAAGUAUUUUGAUUUUUAAGGAGGAUGAAUUGUUUGGGGUUUGUUUUUGAAUAUUUGAAGAUGCUCAGAAUAUAAGGACAGUGUACUGAGGAAAGACUAGGAAGAGUCUGCUGAAGUGUCCCUGCUGACUGAUCUGGUGAGACAGAAAUGCCAGUGGAGAAAACUAGAGUAAGAUUGGCAGCUCUGCUGAAUGCUCAAAGAAGCUGUAAUUUCCGUUUAUUUCUUAAGUCCUGUUCCUGGUAAUGAGUUAAACAGCAGUGGAAGAGAGAAUAUUACAGCUUUGAUUUGAUUUGAUUCUCCUGUCACAGUGAAAUCCGUUCACUCUUACUAACUGAUUUUUUUGGUAGUGAGUCUGUUUAUAUAUAUAAAUUUGCUUUAUAUAUAUAAAAUGCUUUCACUUUCCCUGUUCUGGUUGAGGUGAAUGUAAAAGUAUGUCAAGGCUUAUACCAUAUGCCACUCUGUCAACUGUUAGGAUUCCUCUCUGCUUAGGGUGCAGAACUUCAGACUUUGGGAGGAUGGUUUUGGUUUUAAACCUGUUGUUUGGUUUUCAUUUUAUUAAAGCUAUUACCUUGUGUGCAAAAGUGAGCAAAGUGAAUUACCUUGUUUUAAUAGCUUUGCUUUAUAACAUAUGUAAACCAAAUGCCAUAAAUCUAUUAAACUAUGGUUAAAUUGUUUAAAGGUUUUGUUAGUUGUCUAGAAUCCAAGCUGGACAACCUGUGGUGCUGACCUUUUUAUAUAUAGAGAUAGAUAUAUCUAUAUAUAUACAGAUACAUACACACACACACACACACACACACAUAUAUAUAUAUAUGUAUAUAUAUAUAUAUGUAAAAUAUUAGCAAACCUAAAAGUAGCAUUGUGGUCUAAAAUGUGUUUUUACUGGCCUCAGAAUCUACCUUCAUUUCGUACUGUAGAACCAUACCAGGUAAUUAAACUUAACUUCAUCACUCUUCAUGGUUGGUUAAAACAUGAGAGAGAUGUAGUUUAAACCACAGUAUUUCCAAGCAGUAUUUUAAUAGAUCUCUUCACAGAGAGCUGUUUUCAGGUGCACGUUGACUUCCUACUUAAAUCUCCAAGUGAUCUGCCAGCACUUGGAAUUUAUACUUUUUUUGUAUAGAAAAACAAAUACUCUAUGGGAAUUUUGAGCAAUAUGUUAUUUCAUGUGUGAGUAUUACAGAGUUGCUAUGGCUUCUCUGUUUUUUCAGUGUUUUUUUUCUCUAUAAAGGAGCUACCAACAACUUUAAAAAUACUCUAAAUCUUUUUUGUUUCACCAAAUGUAUGUUUUUAAUAUGGUGCUAACUUCAUAAUUUAGGUCAGUAUAAUAUAUAAAAUGUGAAACGUAAUCAUAAUGGUCAAGAAAAAAAAAUCUCCAACAAUAGACAAACAAAAGCCCUCCCUACACAAACCAACACCCCCCAAACCCCCAACCAAACAGGAAAAACAAAAACACACAAAAAAAUAGAAAAAUAAAAACAAAAAUCCCAAAACAGAUAAAAAACUGACAACAAAACCCAUACCACAAAGAAAACCAAUAGCUUAAGAGACCUCAAAAGCAUGGACUGGCAAACACUACUGUUUAACGUUCUACCUGAAUUCUACUUGAUGAACAGAAUUAAUUAUUAAACUAAUCACAUACUUCUUUAGAAUACAGGUUUUUAUAUUGGUUCUUACGUUUGUUUAGCUGAUACUAAAAAUACAUUUGUGAACGUGCUGUUUAACUCCCAAAAAUUAGAAAAUAAAAGCUAAUUUCUAAAUUAUUGGAAAGAAAAAGGUAGGUUUGCUAUCACGUAAAACUUUCUGGCCCCUGUGAAGCUGGGGCAUAUUUGUGCAGUAGCUUUAUUAAAUACACUAGUUCUUAAUAUUGUGACAGUCUGCAAUAAGAAUUAGUCUCUCAAACAUGGAUUUACAAUGUAACCCCCACCUGCUUUAUUGGAGUAGUUUCAGUUAAAUUGAGUACGUUGUUUGCUUCUUUGUCCUAAAACUGCCUAAAUGAAGAGGUAGGGGGCAGGGAGAUGUUUCUCUCCCUGAAGCAACAACAGAAAUUUCGUUUCCAGUAAGGGAAGGGAUAGUCUAUGUCUAAGGCAGGUAGUCUGUUUGUUUACUCACCGAAAAACAUGGUGUUUCUGAUACAGUUUUUUCCUUGAGUGUUUAAGUAAUUAAAUGCAAAAAGUGUGUUUUGGUAAAUUAAGUUUGAGACAUGCAAAAUCCAAGAAAUGUACAGUUAUUCUUAACCCUUUAUCUUGAACCUGUGCUGUGGUGCCUUUGGUGUGAUGUUUUCCCUGGAAGGAUGACUUGAGGAUAGCAGGAUAUGGGUAACAAAUUUAUAUUUCUUGAAUUUCUCUGUGUCACAAUCUUAGCAUUAUUUGAAUCUAGUUCUUUGUAUUUGUAAAUGUAUUAAAAUGGUUUGAGUUUACCAAAGAGUGACUUAUCCAAAAUUGUCUCAGACAAAAGCAAACAAAAAAAAACCAUUGCGUUGAUUGUACAGGUUCAGGUUCAAUACAUUGUAACAGACUGUUAAGGGGCAGGAAAUGAUCCGUUUUUCUAGGAGCCGUGAUUCAGCAGUGUGCAAAUCCUGCUCGCCCCAGCUCGGGUGGGGUGUGCCAUUCCCUCCGCAGGCGGGCAACAUUCUUGCCUCCAAGCCAUAGUCCAGCUCUGCGGCCCAGCAGCGCCCCACGCGCGGCUCUCCCAGACACCGACGUCACCCUUGGCAGCAGCGGUGCCACCAUGCCUUGUCACAUAGUGGGGUGCCAGGAUCAGCACUGUCACAGACACGAGGUGUCAUGAUGGAGUUUGUGUCACCAGCCCACCGAGCAGGAGGCCAUUGCUUUAGCAAAUGGUGGAAACCUUGUGCAGUGUCUGUGCGGUUCUCAGCACAGAGCUGUUACACAUUUCAUUUACAAUAAAUGCAGAAGUCAAUAAAAUAUGUGAAGAAAUAUUUGACAGCAAAAUAAGUAAUGAAAUUAUACAGGCUGGUUCAUAAUUGAGUCUCUUGUUAAUCUACCUUUUUAAUUCUAGACAAAUGUGAAAACAGUGACAGUGUCCUUUCCUCUAGUUGCUUAACCCAAACUGUGAAAAUAAAGGAUUUUAUGCCUUUGCUUAUGUUUCUGGUUUAAAACCAUUAUUUUAGUUUUCUUUAUCAAUUAUCUUCCAUAUUAUUUCUUUUAAACUUGUAAAUACAUUUAGAAAAUAGCUUUGUAAAUACUUACAGUGUAUUCAAAGUUCCGUUUGGUCACUAAGGCCUCGAGAUUGGCACUGCUUUCUGAGUGUGAAAUCUUUCUGUAGCAUAAAGGAUACUGUCAGUUCACUGUCAGCAGGGUAGACUGUAGGCCUAAAUUGAAAGUUUUAAUGCAGUCUUCCCCAGCAUAGAUCCAUGUUUUAUGCUGAAGCCUUUGGUUUACUUCUAGACGAAACAAUGAGGCCUCUUAAUAUGUUAAGGCUGAAUUAUGGGAAGAAGAACAGGAAUAAAAUCAAGGGCUGGGAAAAUAUUGAAUAAGCUUUACCUUUAAAUAUAUAUAUAAUUUGAAUUUUUGUAUUAGUUUACUGUGAUUCUUUUAUUGUCAUUUUUCUAAAUAGGUUUCACAUGAAACCUUGAAAGGGACUCAAAUAUGCAACACCUAAUCUAUUUUCCAAGGGAAUUUUACCCUUGAAUGGUGCUUUUUGACUGGUCAGGGUUAUUUAUUAAAUUUUAUAUUUGAAAGUAUUUGGGGAAUUAUGUAAAUCCUUUAUAUGAAUCUCUUUAUUUCAUGAAUUGUAAAUUUCAUAAUACUCAGUGAUCAAAUUGGAAGUUUAGUAAAGUCAUUCAAAAUGUUCAAACUUUAUAAUCUGUGUGCAUUUUACAUAUAUUUUAUCAAGUGCCAGAAUACUUAUAUUUAAUAUUGUAGAUUUAAUACUACUUGCACAUCCCUGUGGCAGCAUUAAGUUACGCAAGUUUACAUUAAAAAAAUAAAAAAAGCUAAACAAAUAAGUAAGCCUGGGACAUGUGUUCCUGUAUUUCUUCAGGGGAUGUGAAGCCACGUAUCACUGACUGAGCAGGUUUGCUUUUUGCUCCUGUAGCUCGCUCCUGCUAUGGUAGAUGCAGAACUGCUGACUCCCAUUCCCACAGGCCAGGGUUUCAGCCUUUGGACUCAGCCCAGGAACCUCUGGUUCUAGAUCUGGUUAGAGCUCUUGCACGAUUUUAACAGUGUUUGUUUCUGACUGAAAAUUUGUAUUUUUAAAUAACUUUUGUUUGUAUGGUUAUUUUUCAAGAUAAAUAAUUGAACAGUUUGAAUGACUUGACUUGAUGUCAUUAUCUUGCAAUAUAAACCAGGAACCUCACACCUCCGCACUUCAUCGCCACAUGAAGUAAAUGAAGCUAGCUAAGCUGAUGCUGUAAGAAUUAGUAACUUGCCAUUAAGGAUUAUUUUACAGCAUGAACUUUAAAAUAUUUAUUCAAAUGAUAUUUUACUCUUGUAUUCACUUUGUUUUUAGAUUUGUGACAUGAAUAUUUCUGUGCUGCUUUAUUUUGUUCUGAUGAGUUUGUUUCUUGCUUGUAAAUAGCUUUUUUUAUGGUAUAAAGUCAAUCGGAAUUGCUGUUUGUAAAUUAAAAUGCUUCUAGAGCAAA